CGGCAUCGAGUUUACCUACCUCUACAACCCUGGUGAGAGCUCAUGCUAACUUCUGGGUCAUAAUGUCCGGCAAGGAUGGCACCACCGAAGGCGGUGUUGCGUGUUCCGGCUACAAGAACGUUGUGCCGAUGAACGGACAGAAAUGAGACCCCAACACGUUCGUUCUGAGUGAGGUGGGUGGCAAGCUUUGCGGCCGCGACACCCGUGAUAUGAGGGACUUCGUUGCGGUCUGCAUGGCGCUGAUGUCCGAGGUUCAUGACGAUGAGGCGGAUAAAGCCCGUACACCCCGCCUUCUCCGUUGAUGAGCGUAGCUGGGGGGGGUACUCAGUACAUGACCGACUACCGGAAGCUGAACUGCUGACCCCAGCCCGACCGACUGGUUUGAGGAUUAGGCAUGAACCACUGCCCCCGGCUCGUGAAAGGGCUGUGCGCGGCAAGGUGGCUCACUCAUCGAUGACACUGAUGAAUCGGAUCUGCAGGGUGACUAACUAUGUUGCGCAGAUCAUCACGACAAUGCGCCAGAUCACAGUGUGCAUCAAGAAGAAUUGGAGGCACGACCACCACUACGGCUGCUAGUUGCUAUUUAAGCCCGUGGACACAAUCAGCGCUGCCAAAGCUGUGCACAUGUUAUCUGGGGAAUACGAGCCCAUGAUGCCCACCGUCUGUGUCGCAGCCACCUCGGUGACGAGGGGUGCGGAGGUUACGGUGAGGAGCUAUAUUGCCACAGUGGGGCUAUCUGCAAUGUGCGAGGAGUACGCGGAUGUCUCGAUGAAGAUCCCCCGCUAUGAUGUGCCGGCGUACCGAGCCAACGAGGCGCCCCCACCCCUCGUGAUGAUGGUGUAUGGGGUGAUAUGGACAACUACGCCAUUUGCAAGGCUGCCAGCCGUGCGGAGAGCGGGUUCGUUGCGGAGAUGCGCAGCAUCAAGACUGUCAUUCAGGGCCUUGGUGAUAUGA